CCACAUUGGCAGCAUGGGAGGAAGGAGAACUACUCGGAGAAGGUGUUGUUCCUGGUCGUGGAGAUGCGUGAGGUGUAAUGGAGCGAUGACGACACGGAAAAGCCGACGAGAGCGAGUGUACAUCGUGCGUGGGUUUACUUGACACUGGACUCCGAAACGCUUCGUCUGUGUUAAUCUACUCGGGCAUUCGCCUUUCGUGGUUGUUCCUGUUGUUUCAGCCGCGGCGGCUUUGUGGCUCAGUGUUUGCCCGGCAAUCCAGUUUCUCGGGAGUACACGCACGCUCCACGGGCGACGACUCGUCGGCGCGCCCGGUAUAGUCGGAUUCACUUCGGCAAAUCCACUUUUACUCCUGGUUUUCUACAUCUUUCGUCAUACUUAUUGCUUGCCUCAGUUAGCGAUAAGCUCGUGAACGUGUUUCCAGCGGCAUUGACGUUACGAUAUCGGCUUUCACUGCUGGAAGAUACGCGAGACAACGCUUAACAGUGCAUUAGGCGUUGGCGAUAGCCGUGCCGUAGAGAAUAAGGAAAUAAAGGAAAGUAAGAGAAGGUAUAGUGAGUCGGUUAUGUCGGUGAUGCUGGAAGGGGCUACGAGUAGGGAGGCCAGCCCGAGAAUAAACAUUGAGGAACCUCGGUGGGAUCAGAGCACCUAUGUCGGAAGAGCUCGACACUUCUUGACCCUAACGAAUCCUCUGAAUGCCUUCGUGAGUAGCAGAAGUCUUGAGCGUGCUCGCGAUGUCGUCCUGAAGUACAGGAAAGGAGAUUCGCUUGAACGACUCGGCAUCACGGCGGAUCAACUUUGGCAGUGCAAGUACCUCUACGACAGUGCGUAUCAUCCGGACACUGGCGAAAAAAUGAUGGUGAUAGGACGCAUGAGCGCCCAAGUACCCAUGAACAUGAUCAUCACGGGUUGCAUGAUGACUUUCUACAAGUCUACUCCUGCCGUGAUAUUCUGGCAAUGGUGCAAUCAGUCGUUCAACGCGGUGGUCAAUUACACGAAUCGUAGCGGCUCGAAUCCCAUUCCAUUGUCAACGUUGGUGCAAAGCUACGUUGGAGCGACCACCGGGGCCGUGAUCACGGCCCUGAGUCUCAAUCGUUUGUCCAGGAGGGCUCCACCCCUGGCAGGUCGCUUGGUGCCGCUCGCAGCUGUGGCCGCUGCCAAUUGCGUCAACAUUCCUCUGAUGCGAAUUACCGAGCUGCGCGAGGGAAUCGAUCUUCGAAACGCGGAGGGCACGACAAUCGCCAAAAGUCGCAAAGCUGCGCGCGAGGCAAUUGGCUCUGUGACCAUCUCGCGUAUUCUAAUGGCAUCACCCAGCAUGGUGCUGUCGCCGCUACUUCUCGACUUCCUGGAGCGGCGCGGGUUGUUACGUCGAGCAAAGUGGGCCGCUGGACCGAUCCAAGUGAUACUGUGCGGCGUCUGUCUAACUUUUGCGACUCCGCUCUGCUGCGCUCUGUUCGCCCAACGAGUGGCUAUCCCGCUGGAGCGACUGGAGCCUGAGGUACGCGAACUCGUUCUCACUCGAGAGCCAGAGACGCGCACCCUCUAUUACAACAAAGGACUUUGAAGCAGAAGAGAUCGAAAGCAGAUGGAACAAAAUUGACAAUAAAGAACGGAGGUUCGGA